AUAUUUGUAAUUUGUUUUUCUUUGCAUGUGGCUUUUAUGGAAUGUGAAGGAGCAGACAGUUGUUCGAAAUCUACACAGCACUGUCACACCAAACAUCACUCAGCAGCCACAGAUCCUGAAUUAGUUCAACACUGUACUGACAGUAGUGCAUACAGGUUUCUGUGCUCUCAUGCUGGUGUGUUUCUCUGUAAAAUGACCAACAUUUCUAUUGAGAUGAAAGGGAGUGGAGAAGUGCUGUACACAGUAGUGUCCUGGGACAAAAGUCAGUUGCAUGGCAUGAGCCAGUUCAUGCCUGCAGGGCCCCUGUAUAACAUUAACUGCUCUGACGAUUCAAUUCGUUAUCUGCACCUUCCACACUGUGAGAUACCUACUGAUAAAAAUGAGUUUGAACUGGCUGUGGCACAUUUCAGUGAGGGUAAUGUUGAGAUCAUUCAGGACCUGAAUAUAACAAGCACACACGUGAUUUUUGAAGUUCAUGGUCUCUCCAUCUUUGGCCUGUUAAAAAAAAGGAUCUUCUUAGAAAAGCCCAUCAAUGCCCAAGUCCUUCUCUUCUAUAAUGAAAAGCGCAAAAAACUGCACAUUCAUUUGCUGCCAGUAAAUGUGUCAGUUGAAGAGGUACGGAAAUUAAAUCAGUCCAACACCUACAUUCAGUGCAGCUCCCUAUGUCAGCUGACCCCUGGUAAAAAAUACAGACCACUCUGUGAGCCUUAUUCUUACCAGCCAAAGGUUGAGACAUUUGGCUGUGACUAUGGUCCUAACUAUCACCCCACAUUUGAGGUGAUCCUUAAUAACAAGGUUGAAGACCUCACAUUGGGUCUGUUGGAUGAAAGUGGCCAGGAGGUGUGGGAACCUCGUCAGAUCUUUAUUACAGCUGAGAGUAAAGAAGCAAGUCCAGCAGAAAAAGAUAAUGAUAAACACAGAGACAUACUCAUACAGAGAGUUUUUCCGGUAUUGGAAAUAGCAGACACUCUACUUACCAAGAAACUCAUCAGAGACGAACUGUGUAAUGAUAUCAAGGAAGCAACAACAUCACAGAAAAAAAUGAGGAUACUGUACAGUUGUCUUGACUCAGGAGGAAAAGCUGUGAAAGCAGAAUUCUAUAAAAUCCUUAAGCAGAAGCAGCCUGAAAUAGUGAAUGAUCUGGAUCCUAGAUCAAAUUAUGCAUAGAAGAUUAAAGACGAAUUUUACACAACCUGAAAUGUGAAUGUGAAAGUUAAGACUCAGGUAGUGAUUUAUAUAAGCACAUACUCAUUUUGUUAAUUUUGCUGGAAGAAUUCUGCAGAACACAAGCAAAUAUUUAUUGAUUUUUAUAAUGGAUGCACAUCAUAUACAUUUUAUACCAUGUUAUAUAAAAAUUAGCCAUUCAAAUAUUUUAACAUAACCUUUCCUUUACUUUGUAUUUUGUAUUUUAUUUAACAUAUAUCGGUGCAUUUAUGAGCUCUAUACUGUAUGUACAUUUACUGUAUGUAUUGAUAAAUAGACAUCUGUAUAGCCUAAAUAAAAUAUCUGCAAUUAAGUAUGCAGAAUGAAAAUGGGCUUAAAAUUAAAUGUGUUGAAAGUAAAUUAUGCCAAUUUAUGCACACACCCUAUUGCAUGCCCAUGCUUGAAGAAACCCAAAAGGCAUAAACAAUUAAAGUACUGUACGAUGUCA